GUUCCCUACUCCCAAAGUCAGUGCCAGGUUGGUGCCAGAGCUGUUGUCGGAGUUGAAGGUCGUAUCCAUCAAGCUGAUCCCAAAUUCAACGCUUCAAGUUCGGGGCUGAGGGAAUUCUGAGGAGAGGUGCAUGCUGGUGGCAUUUGCAGAUGAACAAACAAUAUUUGGUUCGAAACGGCGGGGAUUGGGGUCAACACCCUGACAAUCCAAAUGCCAGUUUGCUGUAUUGAUGCUCAAAUCGACUCUAAUGUUCUCGAUACCUCAUGAAGAAUAAACUUUCAUUGUCAAGUCCUCAUGCCCUCGGACUCGCCAGCGGCCCCCGCUGGUAUACCACGACCUCACACAACCUCAGCAGUUGAGGCCACAAUUCGAGAGCUCUCGGAAGACGGUACAUGCACUUGAGCUUCGUUCGGGGGUGACCUCGCCAUGGUCACCGGUCAAGACCCGAUUUAAGUCGUGGUAGACCUGGAGGCAAUAGAUACAGGGUAGAGCAAAGGAAGAGGUCAGUGUAAGGGUUAGACUUUUUUGGAUUUUCAAUGUGCUAGAUAUCUACAUAAACUAUAUGGGACAGCUCGGAGCUACUGGCGGGGGUGUUGGUAGCCUGCCGGUCCAAGGCGAGUCCUUCUGUGACACUCUCAACGAUCAUUCGCCUCUAGGACUGACCAACGUCGUCAGCACUGCCCGGUUCCCUUGCUCAAACCAAUGAGGCUGUUUUCGAUGCGAUGGCGCAGAACGAGUAGAGAUUGUAACCAAGAAUCCAAGAAUCGUGGUACAGAUAACAUAACAAAUCAGGCAAAUUCGGACAUGGGCAAUGAUGGUUCCGAACUACCACUCUUAACGACACGUGAAGGGCACCAAAUUGAUGGACUUAUUUAAAGCCCAGUCGUUCGACUGGUUUUCUUCCCCAUACGACCACCACCCCUCGCCAUGACUCGCUUUCUCUUUCGUACCCUCACCGCCGCUCUCUUAAGCCUGUCGCUCGCUUCGUCAACCCUCGCCAUCAACCCCGGCUUUCCUUACGGUGACCAGAAGGUCCGAGGCGUGAAUCUUGGUGGGUGGCUCGUGCUCGAGCCGUGGAUCACGCCGUCUCUGUUCGACAACACAGGCAACGACCAAAUCAUCGAUGAAUGGACCUUUGGUCAGUUCCAGGAUCGUGGCCAAGCCCUUAAUGUGCUCACGCAACACUGGGAUACAUGGAUUACUGAGUCCGACAUCGCUGCCAUCGCUGACGCUGGUCUGAAUCAUAUUCGCAUCCCUAUCGGUUACUGGGCAUUCGAAACUGCUCCUGGUGAACCGUUUAUCGAUGGACAGCUUCCCUAUCUCCAGAAAGCCGUUGGUUGGGCUCAAAACCAUGGCCUGAAAGUCAUCGUUGAUCUUCAUGGAGCUCCGGGAAGCCAGAAUGGCUUUGAUAAUUCGGGACAGAAGAAACCUGUUCCUGAAUGGCACUCCAAUCCUGACAAUGUAGCACGCACCAAUGCCAUCAUCAAACGCAUCGCAGACAUGUUCAAGGACAACCCAGCUACCGUUCCCAUCAUCGCCCCUUUGAAUGAACCGGCGGGCUUUGUGUCACCAGACGUCAUCAGCGUCACCCGACAGUACUGGUUGGACAGUUUUGGAAACAUUCGGUUCCCCUUUGGCAGCGCUCAACAAAGUGACACCGUUGAACUGAUUCACGAUGCUUUCCAACCUUUGAGCACCUGGCAAGGCUUCAUGACGCCUCCCGACUUUCAAGGUGUGGCGAUGGACACGCACGUUUACGAGAUGUUCUCGGAUGAUGGUAAUCGGAGGAGCUUCCAAGACCACAUCAACGCGGCAUGUGCUCGUGCUAAUGAUGUUUCCACCUUUGAUUUAUGGCUUAUUGUUGGUGAAUGGACGCCCGCUGCAAAUGAUUGUGCAAGAUACCUCAACGGUCGUGGAGUCGGCGCUCGUUUUGACGGUACCUUCCCAGGUUCUUCGCGGGUAGGAAGCUGCAGCGGGUUCACCGGCCGUGCCUCCUCCUUCAGCAACGACUUCAAGACAUUUCUUCGUCAACAUUGGGAGGCCCAAGUCACGACCUACGAAAUGGGUGAGGGAUGGAUUCAGUGGACUUGGAAAGCUGAAAAUGCCGAUGAGUGGUCGUACCAAGCGGGUCUGCGGAAUGGAUGGAUUCCUCAGGACCCUACUGAACGCCAAUUCCCUUUCAUUUGUGGCUGAACGAAUGAAAGGGUGGAGAUCCGUACCUUUUUUCCACGGACCAUUCGCAAGGGCUUGACAUGAGCCCCUGUAUUCACACCCAACAUUUAUAUUCGCGUUCUCUUUUUUGUUUUAUCUUUUAUACCAAGCAUCUCUACACACGGUCUUUUCUCCUGUUACGAAGUUGUCACGACUAUUCCUGGGAGUUCAUAAGUAAUUUACUAUCGACUUUUCGUUAUCCAUAUGGAUGAUUUGGAUUGAUACCUUC